AUGUACACAAGACAAAUAUUCGUCUCCUCCGUUUUCCUCUUCCUCCUCGCGCUCUGCCUCGUCGCCCUCCUUCCACCACGCGGGUCGCCGCCGCCGGGGUUGUUCUUCCAACCUUUGUUGUCUCCGGUCAGCAGCAGGAGCGGCAUGGAGCACGACAGCGCCGGCGGCGAAUGUGACUAUUCGGACGGGCGAUGGGUGAGGGACGACGACGCCGGUGUGGCGCCGCCGUACAACGAGGACUGCCCGUUCCUCGACCCCGGUUUCCGGUGCAUGCAGAACGGCCGCAGGGACGACUCCUUCCGGUACUGGCGCUGGCGGCCACACCGCUGCCACCUCCCUAAGUUCAACGCGACGGAGAUGCUAGAGAGGAGUCGGAACGGCCGGAUCGUGUUCGCUGGGGACUCCAUCGGCCGGAACCAGUGGGAGUCCAUGGUGUGCAUGCUCGCCGGCGCCUCGCCGGCCGGCGCGUCCAGGGUGUACGAGCAGUCCGGGAAGCCGAUCAGCCGGCACAAGGGAUACCUCUCCAUGGUUUUCGCCGACUACAACCUCUCCGUCGAGUACUACCGCGCGCCCAUGGUCGUGAUGGUCGACCGCCUCCCCACAAACGUGACGAGCCAUGACAGCGGCGGCGUGAGGGGAGCAAUUCGCCUCGACGUGCUGCCUCGGCACGCCGAUCGAUGGGCCGGCGCGGACGUGCUCGUGCUCAACACCGGCCACUGGUGGAACGUGCACAAGACUGCCAAAGCAGGGAACUAUUUCAUGGUUGGCGACCGCUUGAACAAGAGCAUGGACAUCAAGGAAGCAUUUAGGUUGUCCCUAGAAACGGUGAAAGAUUGGGAGUUGAGGAGUGCACAAUGUUCCAAGAGCUUUUUCUUCUUCAGAAGUUAUUCUCCUUCGCAUUAUAGGUUGUCCAUAUUACCCGGAAAUGGCAGCAACGGCACCUGGAACACAGGUGGCUCAUGCGCUGGCCAGCAAGAUCCACUGACGACCACAACGACGACGGACCACUGGGGUGAAGAGUACUCAUGGAUCAACAUGAUGAUCGCGAAGACGACAGAACGUAUCAGGACCCGCAGAAGGAAGGCAAGGUUCUUGAACAUCACUCACAUGACGGAGCUCAGGCCGGACGGCCACCCCUCUCGGCACAGGGAGCCGGGAACUCCGCCGGACGCACCUGAGGACUGCAGCCACUGGUGCCUACCGGGCAUACCUGACACGUGGAAUGAGGUCCUAUACGCACACCUGGUUUCCAUGGGGUAUGACACAAGAAGGAAACACAAAUGACCAGUUAUUUUUGGUGUUUGGUGCACAUAUACAACAGUAGCGGCUAGAGAAGUUUUAGUGCUCAUAGG